AUGGAGACUGCAUCUUCCUCGAAGCGACCGCGUUGUCGCUCCGAGCUAGCGCCGGACAAGAAUGCGUACAUACACUACUCUCGCAGUCACCGUGAUGGAGUAGUAGCGGCACAUCUGUCGUGGUCCGUUCAGCAGGUCUCGUCGGAGCUGGGGCGGCAAUGGAAAGCUCUAACGGCUGCUGAACGCAAGUCCUGGAUCGAAUUGGCGCAGUUUGACAAGGCACGCUUCCACACUGAAGCUUGCCAACAAAUUCGCAAGCAGCAAGCAGAUGGCCAACCGGCGCAACUUUCGAUUAAGCGAAAGAAGCAGGCGAAUGAGCCACGGCAGCCUGACACAGCCUACAUUUGUUUCUGGAAGAGCCGACGACCAGAGGUGGUAGCUGCCAACCCGUCGCUCGGUGCACAGCUCGUUUCGAAGGAAGUUGCGAGGCAAUGGAGAGCUCUGUCGGACAGUGAACGGCAAGUAUGGGAGGACAUGGCUACAAAAGACAAGCUUCGCUUUCAGGAGGAAAUUGCACGUAUGCACCCGACGCUGGCGGCAGCCCCACAAAGCCUGUCUGCGGUGUCAGCCCCCCUAAAAGACCCCUUCGCCCCGAAACCGGCGAAGACAGGCUUUCAGCUAUUCAUGAGCCACAACCGCGAGAGCUUCACACUGUUAAACAUGACGAUCAACGAUUUCCGCACUGAGAUGAGUCAGCUUUGGAAGCGUCUCAGUGAUGUUGACAAGAAUGAGUGGUAUGAGUUGGCUACGCAAGACGAGCAACGAUAUGAGCGAGAGGUGAACGCCUACAAACUGCCUGCCUACAUGAACUCAGAAGCUCAACGCGCGCACGAGCGUAUUGACGAGCUUAAGGGCUUAACUCGUGGCGAUCCACGCGCACCGCGACUGCCCAGAAACUCGUAUAGCGUGUAUUUGUCGACAAAGCGGCAAGAAAUGGCAGCUCAGCACCCAAACCAUAAGAAUUCCCAAAUUAUGCGUGAAAUAGGCAUUGCGUGGAAGGCAUUGAGUGACGUCGAGCGCGCUUUGUAUCAGCGCAAGGCUGAAGAGGAUGUGGAGCGCUUCCGUGCAGAAAUGGAGGCUCAUCUAGCACAGCAGCAGGAGGGUCACCAUGGUGCCGCAAAUCACGAUCAACAUGAUCAGCAACUAUCUGUUGUGCAUGAAAAAGUUAAAGCACGGGUAGUCGGACGCAAGCAGCGGAAGGUAAUACCUCCACGACGCCCUAAGACAGCCUACAACCUCAUGUAUAUGUCGAAGCGUACAGAGCUACUAGCGACGUAUCAGAUGUCCCACAACGAAUGCUCAGCCCUCUGCGGUCGCCUGUGGCGUCAGAUGCCGGAGGAAGAGCGCGAGCCAUACAAGCGCAUGGCUGCUGAAGACAAACGUCGGUACGAGGUUGAACUGGAAAUCUACAGUGCGGAGGUGAGCCAAUCCAGUGAGGGAGUGCUGCGCGACUCUGCAGGAUCAACAUCAGUUAUUGUGGACCGACCUUGCGAGUGA